AUGGAGGCCAGCGAGUGGGAUCACGCGACCUUGAGGGAAGAGGAAUUCGAGCAGCAUGCCGUAUAUUUGGUACCGGAUGUGGCGGCAUCGCCGGCCGAUACCAAUCGUGCGGAGGCAUCCCUGCCAAGAAAUUUGGUCCUCAAACCUUCUCAGGCCCUCAACGAUGUUUUGGGAGUUUGGAGCACAAGUUACAUUCCCAAGGGGACUCGAUUCGGUCCUCUCGUGGGCCAAGUGUACACCAAGGACUCGGUGCCGGCCGACGCGAACCGGAAGUACUUCUGGAGGGUGUACAAGAACAACGAGCUGUUCUACUACAUCGACGGUUACGACGUCCAGAAAUCAAAUUGGAUGCGUUACGUAAACCCGGCUUAUUCGUCCGAAUCGCAGAACCUAAUAGCAUGCCAGUAUAAGAUGAACAUUUAUUUUUACACAAUCAAGCCGAUACUACCGAACCAAGAGCUUCUGGUGUGGUAUUGCAGAGAGUUCGCUGAAAGGCUCAAUUACCCUCUGACGGGUGAACUAAUGCUUCAAAGAAUACGACAACAAGUACAACAGUCUGCGUUACCAACCGAAAUCCCACCCGCGGUGGACGUGGUGUCGCCGUUGAAAGACUCGUCGAUCUACGAGAGACGUUCUCAAAUGACUCCAACGGACGGUUCCGUUAGAUCAGACGAGGGCUACCAUUCGAACGGUUAUCACGACGAGAUCCUCACGCCCCCGGAAGAAAGCAGCGAGUCAGACUCGGAGAACAACUACGUGCUGGAUUUCAGCAAAAACGCGAAGACGUCGGUGUGCAGCAACGAGGUGCUCAAGCAGGACAAUGCAGCGGCGAAGAACGAGUACAGGAAGGUUAAGAUCAAGAUCACAAAGACCUACGGGAACUUUCAGACGUCGAAGAGCCUGGACGCGAACGGAAAGGACAAAGAUCAAGAACUACCCAGCAGAGCGGUGACCCCAGAAUUGCAGAAGCCUGUGUCCCCCAUAAUUGUUCUACAGAAGAACGCCGUUCUAUCCACCGUGAACGAAGACGAGAUUCCGGAGAAGAAUCCGAAGCCUUUCUACGAGUCCGAGGUCAAGGGUAAUCUGCCUGUUUCCGGCAGACCAGCCUAUCUAACCAGCCCGAGCAGUUCCAUCCUUGAAAACAUCCUCCUACGUAGCAGCACCGAUAACAACAACAACAGUCACAACCAUCAUCACAAUGGAGCCCAACAGCAGCAUCAUCAACAGCAUCAAAUGCAUCAUCAGACUCACGUGGACUCUGUUACUCCACCGCCAUCCAGUCCAACGGAGAUGGCGUACUCCUACAAAAAAUCUCACCGCUACGGGAACAUUCUACCGUGCAGUCCUGACUCCAGCUCGAAUCUACCUAUGCAAGCGGAUACCUGUGUUAAUUCUACCAGUGGUAACAGCACGCUACCGAUGCAAAGUCCAACGAGUAACUUGCAUUCGAGUACGGGGAGUCUACACUCGAGUACGGGCAAUCUGCAUUCCAGUACCGGCCCGAGCAACGUCCUGCAAUCUCACCCAGGGACCAUUCAUUCGUCCAGCAACACGAACAGUCACCACUCGAACGUGAACGUUCUAUCGUCUAGCACGAUACUGACGUCCACCAGUAAUCUUCAUUCGUCAACGACGUCUAGUAGCUGUCCACCCAAGAGGAAGACCAAGAGUCCAUCGCCCUCUGCCAAUCCUACAGGUGCAUCCACUCCUACGAUACUGUACUCGAGUUCCGGAGGAUGUCAGAUCGAUUCCAGCCCGGUGUAUCCUAACUCAGCGGCGAGCAGCAACCAGAGUGUCUCGCCUAUUUCACCGAUUCAAUCACCUUCGUCCUAUCCGUACGGUAUCUAUCAUCAGAAUGGCUCGUUGCAUCACAACGUGGCGCCCUUGUCCAUUAACUGCACCGCCUACUCGCCGACUCCUAGCGGAAACGUGGUCUACGAGAGGGCAGAUGGAAGAAGACUGGAGGCUGCAACGAGCAGCCACCAGUUGCCCACCUCGUCGACGAUGCAGAUCGACACUAAUCAGACGUUGAUCGCUGGCACGCACAAUCUUCACCUGGGUCACCAUCCUGGCCUCACCAUUCACGCCAACUCCUCCUCGCUAAACAGAUAUUCACCGGCGAGUUCUUUGUCUCCGGACGAUCACGGCUGCUCGCAGAGUGGCUCGUUGAGUCCAAACUCGCAAGGGUCCAGGGGCUACAGGUCGCUGCCGUACCCGUUGAAGAAGAAAGACGGGAAAAUGCAUUACGAGUGCAACGUCUGCUGCAAGACAUUCGGCCAGCUGUCAAAUCUCAAGGUACACCUGAGGACUCAUUCCGGGGAGAGACCGUUCAAGUGCAACGUGUGCACCAAGAGCUUCACACAGCUGGCCCAUUUGCAGAAGCAUCAUCUCGUGCACACAGGUGAAAAACCACAUCAAUGCGAGAUCUGCAAGAAGAGGUUCAGCUCAACCUCGAACCUAAAGACCCACCUGAGACUGCAUUCCGGCCAAAAGCCCUACGCCUGUGACCUGUGCCCCGCGAAAUUCACCCAGUUCGUUCACCUGAAGCUGCACAAGAGGUUACACACGAACGAAAGGCCGUACACCUGCCAAGGCUGCGACAAGAAGUACAUUAGCGCGAGUGGCCUUAGGACCCACUGGAAAACGACCAGCUGCAGGCCGAAUAAUAUCGAGGACGAGCUUGCCCUUGCCGCGGCAGUGGGUUCGCCGACGUAUUACGAGUAUGGGCCUGACAUGAAUGUCGGAAACAUGCCGAAGGAAUGCGAACUGGAGCACAUCGAUAAUUACGAGAGGCAUGGAUCCACACACGGGCCACACUCUACGUCUCUCCACAACCUGGAGAAUUCAGUGGGACGUCCAAGCGUCAUAGAGACCUCCCAGCCUCACAUAAUCGAGUGCACCUAA